AUGGCCGAUACAGUGCUUGUCAUUGGCGCGUCCGGGAAAAUUGGCGUCCCCGCCAUUCUCGCUGCCCGCCGAGUAGGAUACAAUGUUCUGGCAGUGAUACGAAAUGAGCAGUCUCGGAGCAAGCUACUCCGGCAUGUCGGCUCACAAGAGGGCAUCACGUUUACCUAUGGUGACCCAACUCAAGAGCAGGACUUGGUCAAUGUGGUUGAUCAAGUCAAGGCGGGCAAAUUGCCAGACUUUCAACACGUCUUUACUGCUGUUGGCCAGUUACAUCUGAAAGGACCCAUUCAAAGUGUUGAUAUGGAAACAUUUCAUGCAAUGAUGACUGUCAAUUUUGAAGCAGACUUCUUCGCAUACCGAGCGACGAUUGACUAUUUAUUGGAGAAAGCCAGCCCCAAGGCAACAUUCACUAUUCUUACGGGCGGUCUUGCCACCAUGGGAUAUGGAGGUGUCAACUCUAUUGCUGCCGGCGCCCUUGCAUCCCUCGCUGCAGUCAUGACGUUUGAAAACCUCAAAACCAAUGUUCGGGUCAACGAAAUCCACCUCAGUCACAUUGUAACUUAUGACUCCGAAAUUGAAGAGAAAGGUGCUGCCGUUGGCUCCAAAGCUUCCGAAUUUGCUCGCGUCUACGAAGAAAUUUUACGGAGGGAGGAUAUCAAAGCCAGCCGCAUCUCUGUGGCUGAUGACAGCGAUAUUUAUGAGCUGAGAAUCGAGGACAAGCUACCAAGCUCAAAGUAUCUUGAUUUGGUCAAGAAAGACGAAAAGGAUCUUACCGAGGAUGAUCGGCGCGCCUUGAGUGAGAUUGCUGCAGUUUUUAGCCUGUAA